UAGGCAAACGUUCACAUGCCCCAGGACCUCACACUAAACGGUACAACACGACCCCCGUCCUCGCCCCCGAGAUGAGAGCAACGACUAACGGGCCUGACUGUCAGACUUUCCUACGCCGAUGGAAUCUUGCUGACCCAACAACCGCGGCCGAGCCAGGAAUUCGAGCUCCCGAACGCCAAAAGAAGAGCCUGCGAAAUUUGACGCCACCAAACAAGAUAAGGGCCGUGUGGCCCGAGCAGUGCAGCUCUUUGUCCGCCCCCCUCUGACACCCGUGACUUGGACGAUGUCUUCAAAAAUACCUGGGUACGGCAAUCUGGUUUACGAAGCACCAAUUGUCCAUACGAGACGGUCUGGCGGCGGCGAUUCGGGGAUACGCCACAAGGAGGAGGGGAGGGACGCUGGAAGUUUCAAUGGCACGAGUCCAUUACUCCGUAAUUCAGGACCACACGGCUCUUGGCAGGCUGGCAAGCUGCUGCACGCAUUAAUAAUAGAAAGGGUAUUCGCGGUCCUCUGCGGAAGACGGGGCGUUUCGUUUCAAGAAGAGCAAGUGCUGCGAACCUCUGGCCGCCCUUUGGCCACCAUGCAGCCAUCCAGCCUGCUUCUGCAGGUUGCGGAGCUGCUGUUGGACGGCUCUCCUGGGAGCGGACUCGCGAAGGCGUUGCUGGGUCGUCUCACUGGCGCCUCUAUUUCAGACCUCAAUUUCCCUGCAUCAGCGAACAACCCCGUGCACCCCCUACAAGGGCCCACAACGGCCCACAGGUGCCCACAGGUGCGUCCAAGACUCCAAGUCCCGGCAGAAGCAGACGUUAGUGCUCGAGCAGGCAUAGCGGCUGCUAGUCAUCCAAUCUUGCAGCGCUACUUUCUCCGCUAACUUCGCCCGAAGCAACCCUGAAUCGACGUCCACGACUCCACGCUCCUCCAGUUAUCUCAGAGAUAAGUUUUUCAU